CGCAGGGAAAGUGAUAGUUGUCUAUACCCGUCGAUCCCAUCGGCGCCCGCUGCACGUGACGCCGCCAAGGCCAUCCGCGCCGAGAAAAAAAGCCGCUUCAACUCGAACUCGCUCCAGCACCGACAUUGCGUUCGACUUGCCAACACAACCCCACAAACACACAAGCCCAGCUAUGUUACAACCCAGACUGCUGGCCCCGUUCCGGGUGCUGGAGAGGGCAAUUGCCCCUUCUCUUCGGGCCGCUCAGCCCAUCUCUCGCCCUUCGUCAUCCAUCCUCCAACCUCGAACCACCUCCGCACCCUCGCCGUUCUCCAAAUCUCUCCUCCCUUUGUCUCACGUCCGUCAUGCCUCCCACGCGACCCAGGGAGCAGCAAACCGUCACUCCCGUGAUCCGGCCGGAAAACGUCUCGGCGCGAAGCGCACCGGCGGCGAAUACGUGGUCCCCGGCUGCAUCAUCUUCCGACAGCGCGGCACGAAAUGGUUUGCCGGCGAGAACUGCGCCAUUGGCAGAGACCACACCAUCUACGCCACCGAGGCGGGCUACGUGCGCUACUACCUCGACCCGGAGCGACACUCGGAGCGGAAGUACAUCGGGGUUGUCUUCGAGAAGGACGGAAAACUGCCGACGCCUCGCAACGCCCCGACCCGGCGGAAGUUGAACCGCGUUGCGGUUGCCCGCACGCCAGACGUGCCCGUCGAGCCUCAGUCGGAUCUGGUGGCCACGACCGGAGAGGACGGCACCAUGGUUGCGAGUGUGCAGGCCGCCGACGCGGCCACCGGAGUCCAGCUGCGUCCGGGAUACAUGUACCGUCAGGCCAAUUGGCAGAUUGGUCGCGCGGCCGAGAAGGCUGGCAUCACGGCCAAGCCGUACAACCGCAAUAACCGAUGGAUGGCGUGGAGGAAGAGACAGGCUCGGGCGCAGCGUGCGGCUCAGAUGAAGAGUCUGAAGAACAAGAAGUCGGCGAAGAAGGGCAAGGGUGGCCGUUAAAGAUGAUGGAUGCAUGUCUCAAACUUUUUAUCUCCCCACCCCGCGCCUCUUCUACUGUCAUCUUAAUCUACGACACAUGCAUUCGAUUGCGUCACACAAUCACGGAAUCCCUCGGUGUUUUGCUUUUUUUGUAUUAUAGAAAGAUAUCUGCAAUUACCAAGUUGUUCUUCCAUGUACACAUGCGCCUGAGA